GCGACAGCUUUCUCAAGAAGAGUCUCCAACAACAGCAAAUACUUUAUUGGGAGCGACAGCAUCACACAGGUCGAAGAUUACUAAGAAGUCAGUCGAGCCGUUGCAACAGACCUCCCCAGUUACCACUCCAAAUAUGGCGCCAUCUCUGGAUUCUCAAAGGCAAGCUGACGAUGUCCUUGUGCCGCAUAUUGAACACGCCGAAGUGAAUGCGGACCCACCAUCGCCAAAGCACGGAGACGACGAGAAAAGGCGAGAUUUCAACUUGAACACGGACCUAGAACACAUUAUGCAGAUAGUUAUAGACCAGCUCUCAAACCCGCAAAGCAGCCCAGCUGGGCUCCGCAGAAUCGAAGGAGACGAAUGCAGAGUAGAAGUUGACGAGGGCAAGUUUUCUGAUACAGUCCGAGCCGUGUAUUCUCGAACUCUGCUCAAGCUACGCCAGAAGCUACACACUAUAGCGGCGCAGGAAGCCCCCAGCGUUGACCAAGUGUCUUUCGGAGAUUCCUGUCGGACGUCCAGCGCUAUUCCAAGAAAUAAAACCGUGGAGCUGCUUCCUUCUCUCGAUAAAGGGUGCGGCGAAGCGAAAGGCAAAACGUACGCGGAUGUGUCCACCCUAUGUCGAAUUCUAACUCCACACUCUGUCUCGAGGGAUCCACGUAAGCGAAUUCGAAUAAGCGAUACGUUCUCCGAACAUCGGGUCGGGAGAAAUUUUCCGGAGCCUCCAGUCUAUGGUGUUCCUCGCUUGCAGACUCAUCAAAGCACCCCUGCAACCAUCGAUGCUUUUCCUUUUACACGGACACCCGAUCGUCUUCCAAAAAGAUGUUACCUUCUUAGAGACGAACGACAAGAUAAUCCGACGACCGAAUCAUUUCACUCUUGUUCCGACCCCAAUCGUUUUAUGAGACAACAGAAGUUCAUUCCGACGACGACCCUGCCGAUAUCCGAUUCGGCAAAACUGGUUCUGGAGCCGAUUUCGAGUGAUGUGGACCUUCACAAUCCUCCUAGGGAUAGUCUGAAGGCGUACCUUGCAGGCAAGGUUCCGACGGUAGCUACUGCAGAUUGUCCCACGGUAAACGAUUACUUGCAAAACAAUGGGGAGGUUGACAGAACACAGUCAGGUGUUGGUGGAUUCACAAAAAUGGUACACCCAAGGGUACACUACAUUGACUCUGACAAUGCCUUGCGAGUCAGAGAAGAAACCUCGCUCUGCAGUAUACCAAAAAAGCUUCUUAAGAAGCCACCUAAAAUCGUUUUAUCCCCGAUAAAAGACGAGGUCGUAGGUCUGCAAGCCGAAGAAGAAACGCCACUACUUAACCUGGAAACCAUACCUAAGAAGAAAAGGAACAAGUCAGUUCUUCUACCCCCUUAUUCAAGAAAGAGAGGAUGUUUACAAUAUCACACACAAGAUAGUUCAUUUUCGUUGUCACGACUGGAACUAGGGUCAUACAUGCCUAAUCUGUCGACGUCCAGGCUUCUCAAUAGGUCCUGUACGUACAUUCAUGGUUGGGGUUGCAAAGACGUGCUGCAGAAAGUGGACGCUUGUGACAGAACGCCCGUUGAAGAAAGCAUUAUUCUGUGCUCUUCGGGGCCUUCGAGCGAAGUGAAAGAAUAUGCGCAAUCCUACCACGAAAGAGUGAUUAGGACAGGCACUGCUGCCGCAUACGUAGAUCCCACCUCAAGUAGCCCCCCUUCAGAUAUUCAAUGUCCUGCGCUCUUUCUGUUAAAUACACCAAGACAAGAUAUGGCAUGCAACAAAGUUGAAGAGAUCGUUGAGAAGAACCUCCAAACAGUCGCAUCGUCCGCGGUACUAAAUGGCACUACAGCUAAGUUAUCUCCACCUCGAAAGGCAUGCGAAGAGGUCAAGUUGACAAUCACCGAGAACGACAUGAUCCAGUGCUUAAACAGAGUCGUAGGACCAAAUCGAGCCAUAGCUGUAGAAGACAACAGGAAGUUCCCAGGAGCAAAAGCUACGCAGGAGGCUGUGUGCGGUUACGACUUGAUGCAAGACGUGCUUUUGAACGAGGACUUCCUAAGUACCAGUGACGUUUCCAAAGUUGAUAUUAAUCCCAAAGGAAAUUCCACCGCGCCUAAAGCUGAUCUGGAAGCAUUAAGUCAGCCACUUUCGCGCCUACGAAGAGGCGACUUGAAAAAUAUCCUGAAGCAAAUUUUGGAAGAAGAGUACGCCCAUGUUCUCCAGCUUGCAACACAUGUGGUGCCGUCGAUCCAGAGCACAACGGCUCCUCCGGUGCCUUUCGAACACGAAAACUGGCUAGCGCUCACCCAUGAGCCAUUGGAAAAGGUGAAUAGGGAAAGCUCUGGUACGUCGACACGCAACAAGCUUAUUGCUCCAGAAUCACCAUCAACGAACUAUGUUAAACGAGAGUAUGAAUUUACAACUGCGCGGUCGAGCGGUGAAGCUAACACAGCGGAUGGAUUCGACCUGCAGCCGUCAUCAGGAACUCGGCAAAGUUCUGACAACACAGCUGACAACACAGCUGACAACACAGUUACGCAAGAAACAUCGUCGACAUCUAUCAGAAGGUUUUACACGGAAUUAAGCUUCCCAGACGUGGACAUUCAUGGAGCUGAUGGUGACGCCCCCGGGAGUGAUACUUCGUCGUCAGAGGAUACCACCACUGCUGCAAUGACGACGACUCAGACGACGGAAGAUAGCUUGGAUGAAGACGGUUAUGUUCACUUGGAAGAGAAAGAAAUGACGAAGUUCUUAUCUCAAGUUACUGUCGUUAAUUCAUCAGAAUCUAAUAUAGUGUCUAACGAUUGCGAAAAACCUCGUCGUUCUGUUGAUACGCGAUUCCCAUUUAGCCCGAGAAGGCGACGACCACCUGAAAAACAUCGAGAUCAAGACACUAAAACAAUGAGCUGGGUCCCUCCGAUUCCUAAAUUGCUCCUAAAAGAAUUCAGGAAAAAUGUUCUCAAGAACGCAGCAGGAGUACAACCGAUGACACCCGAAGUGACACCCUCUCAACACCACACGCGCGAAGGCGCGAUUGGAAAUAUCGUACCUCUGGAGGAAACGACGUCUUCUCCUCCCGACGGCAACACCGCCAGAUGGACUGAGCCAUUUCGAGAAUAUCGUGACACCGAGAGCAUAUGUGCAAACUACACCACCACGGGAGUUGCAGUCGUGAGAUUUUCGUCCGUGUCAGGCAGCAAAACCGAUGACUCGAGAGAAGGUGGACAAAGAGACCGGAAAAGUGGCUUCACCAACGGAAAACGAACGAGGCCGAAAUCUGCGUCAUUCCACGGCAUCCUUCCAUCCGACAGACUGGGCAGCGUUGAUGGUGAACGUGGUUUCGUCCCGCGUUCCAAGUCGUAUACAGAAUAUUGGCUUAGGACUGUUUCCCUGUACAAGGAAGUCUCAUCCUGCCAAAUCUCACCUUCAACGGAUCCUUCGGGCGACGUUAUGGAAACCGAAUCCAUGGCUCAUGUGCUGCAUGGCUUGGACGACACAAGACAGGGAACAACGUUGGAGGAGAUCGACCUCGAAAACUUCAUUCGCGAAAACCAGAUGAAUCCACUUCUGAAGGCUUUCUUGUACAUGCAUAAAACGGCGUACCAGACAUCUGUGACGCGGGAUACACCCAAAUCAACCACGUACGUCAGUUACGACUUACAAGGUACGCCCAUUUCUUCUAAUGUCCCGCAACCAUAUGAACCGGACGAGAUAAUACCGAAGACUGACUACCCGACUUCACUAGAAAUUAAACCACCAAAUAUCGAAACCGACAGGAAGAAAUCAUCCAGUUUGCAGCCCAGCGCAGACUACCGCAUUAUUCCAGCUCUUCCACAGUGCGAAAGUACGUCGGAGGCAACAAUCAUUGUCGACUGCGACCGGGGCAGGCGCUUUUAUGAUACGGAACGUCAAAGUGGGAUCUUCUCACCCAACGGUGCAACCACCAUCACAGAGCAAGCCAGUUUCGAAGACAGCUCUAGCAGCGGUCCUCCAAAAUCGCUCAAGAAAACGCUGCGAAAAACGGCGCCGUACCGUACGCCGUUCCGUCUCUGCAGCAGUUCGCGGUCGAGCGCCGUGGCUCCGAUCAGUCUCAGAAUGUUGAGACGUACGAACUCGACGGAAUACAUGACGCCGUCUAUGACACAAGGUCGCAGCCGAAUAUGGAAUUCCAUCGAAGAGGAAAAACCGUUGAAGAAGUGCGUGAGCGCCCUUUCGUACCUUGAGAAAAACCGUCUUUGGAAACCGGACUCGUUGCCCUUUCAGCGGUGGCUGAACGAGGCCAGGAGGGCGUCGUUAAGGCCUGGCGAUGGAGGGUCUGUCCUGGAUGAGUCGGGACGCCCGUCUUCGCAAGAUAUGAUAACGUCGAGCGAGUCGUCUGAGGAGGAAGAGAUGCAUAGCUUGGCGUCUACUACGAUGCAGACUAUGGACGAAGCUGGUACGGAAGGCGAAGAAAUAGCUUGAAGUGCUCAUAGUUAUAAUAAACCAAUGUAUAGUGGA